AUGAAUUUAACGAAUGGUAUUCAGAUGGAUUUCUUUACAGAGUCUUUCAUAGAUUAUGAUUCACAUAAGCAUCCUCAUUGGGACUCAGUGGAUCGUGCAGAUAGGGGAAGCACGCUGGUGUAUGGAUUCUGUAUAACUGUCAUAUCAAUCAUUGGACUAGUUGCAAAUACAGUUGUACUCGUCACAAUGAUUAGGUACAAAAUGCUGAAAACGACGGCCCAUAUGCUGAUCUUCAAUUUGUGCUUCGCCUGUCUAGUUAUUUCCCUGUGCAGCUCUGCCCUUACCGUCUCAUCAUUCCACGGCUCGUGGUUAUACGGCCCAUUAGGUUGCAGGGCUUAUGCAUUUACAAUGGCUAGCAUGGGCUACAUGUGCAUUAAUACUCUCGCGGCAAUGGCGUGGGAGAGAGUUCAAGUCUUGACAAAGCCAUUUAUCAACUACAGAAAGAACAAUGGCGAGAGGUACAUUCAAGUUAUUGUCCUCGUUUGGCUAUAUUCAAUUACUCUGGCUUUGCCCCCGCUUAUAGGUUGGAGCAAAUAUAUCUUGGAUGGCUAUGGCGUCAGUUGCACAUUUGACUACCUCACCCAGAGCCCAGCCAAUAUAGCAUAUAUAGCUACUGUAUAUGCAGGAGGUUUCUUCUUACCCCUCCUCAUUAUCGUGUAUAACUAUACAAAGAUUAUGCGGUAUUUAGGAAAACACAACAAAGAAAUGGGACAAGUAUCAAUGCAAAUGCGCAGUAUCAGAACGGACAGUAUAAGAUCAAACUCUGUCAAAUAUCACAGAUCAAGUUCAACAAGAUCAAUGCAUUGCUCUGGAAGAAUUCAAUCUGUAAAGGAAAGAACAAAAAAGAGGCGAUUAAAUGCAAUCUUAAAAGCUCGAGAGAAAGAACUCAAAGUUCUCAAAAUUUCAAUUGCAGCUGUUUUCUUAUUCUGCCUGGCGUGGCUCCCGUACGCUUUGGUUUGUCUUAUGUCGAUCACAGGAUACCACCAGGUGAUCGGUCCCUCUACCGCCGCUAUUCCUAGUAUAUUUGCCAAAGCGUCGGCAAUCUACAAUCCACUCCUCUACGGCAUGUUACAUCCCCGCAUUCGUCGCCAUUUACGACGUUCCUUAAAAUCGUUCUACUCUUGCGUUGACGUAAAAGGAAGAGCAGCACAUUUCGCUAAUAUAACAGGAAUGAGUAAUCCUUCGUUUUCACGGUCAUCAGAUCAACUCGUAGUGAAGUACAAACGAAAUGUGAGUGUUAAUGCCUACGAAUCUAAAGUUAUUCCAGCUAGUGUUGGUGCUAAUGAAUCGAUUAAUGUGUUAGAAAAGGAAGCAGUUUUGACUUUUGUAAAGCCUAGUGGUCUGCGAAAAAAUGGAGAGUCGAUAUCGAGGCAAGGUUCCAAAACCAGUGUUAAAUACACUGGGUGCCCUAGUGAUAAUCCCUCAAUGCAUAAUUCCGAUGAAGUUCGCAUACUCCUGAAGGUGAAGGAUAAUGAAUGGCAGACGCUUGAACUACAAGAUAUCAAACUUAGUGAGUUGGUAGAGAAGUUACUUUAAGUAUAGCAUUUAAUGCAUUUAGAAAGUAUCGUCCGAUGGAUAAACACUGUUUAAAUGAGACCUGGAAUCUGCAUCGUGGUAAUAGUAUCAUUACCCGGAUCAUCCUUCACAUCGGACCUUGCUGCUGAAAUAAAAUAACAACUCCUCGGACUAAAUGUGGUUGUAUAACUUGUUAGUUAAAAAAACUUACUCUUUACAUCUGCUUGAACUCAAUUGGACAAAAAGUGCUCAAAAGUUGACAACAAUUGCAAGUAGUAGCAAAUGUGAACAAAGGAUAUGGGUGAUAUGAACGGAAAUCUUCUUGAAACUAUUAAAACAUUAAACAUGAGCGAC